AUGGGUGCCAAAAUCCCCAGAAACUUCAAACUCCUCGACGAGCUAGAGAGGGGCGAGAAGGGCCAAGGCGCAGGUAGAUACGAGCCCUCCCCAAUGCCUGUCAACUCACCAGAGAUAGGGAUACUGAUGCAACUCCCAGAGGCAUGCUCGUACGGUCUAGCAGAUGGAGAUGAUGUGAUGAUGAGUAACUGGAAUGGAACCAUUCUUGGCCCUCCUCAUAGUGUCCAUGAGAACCGAAUCUACAGUGUAAACAUCCACUGUGGUCCCGACUACCCCGACAACCCCCCAACCCUGCAAUUUAUCUCGCGGGUCAAUCUGCCUUGCGUUGAUGCCCGAACCGGAAAGGUCGAUCCGACAAAGCUCCCGUGUCUUACCCAAUGGAAGCGCGAGAAUACCAUGGAGACUAUCUUGCUUGAGCUCAGAAGGUAUAUGGCCCUUCCGCAACAUAAGAAGCUCGCUCAACCUCCCGAGGGCUCGACUUUCUAA